CAAAAAUGGAAAUCCAAAAAUCUAAACCUCUGGUUAAUGGUUGAGAGCGGUCUAGACAACUCCUGGCUUCCUUCGAGGACCCUGAUCCUAAUGAGGAAGAAGAGAUCUCCAUAAUUGAUAAAUUUACCAAAUAAAUAUUCAAAUUUGUACAAUUUUGAUUCGGAUGAAUUCAGAAAAAUUAUGGUGUUCAACAUUGAUUUAAGGAUAUUAAACUGGAAUUAUGGUGGCGGAAGUGACCUUAUGAAUAUACCGUACUCGUAUCAUCAUCUUCUCAGGAUUUUCCAGCUUGCUAGGCUUCUUUCUAGAGAUGCAAAUAUCAUGAAAAUCUUGAUUUCUAAGGGAGGCGUACAGAUCAUUUUGAAUAUGAUCAUGCAUUUGCAUCCGAAAGUUUUAGAAAAUCUUGGCCAUAAUGAGACUCCUUAUACGCCUUUGCUCAUUGAGGUAAUAAGCACUGCAAAACGUAUGCAUGUGUAUAUUCUUGAGCACUACACUGAAACUGUUGAUGAUGCAGACCUACUGAUCGAUGCUCCUACGAAGGAGGAUAACAUCACCAUCAUAGAACGGACUUUGCCUCUCUUGACUGAUUUGUUGUGCUGUGACAACAAUAUUUUGCAGAUCUGUAUUAUCGAACUGAUAAUCCAGAUUUUGUCGAAGAGAACGAACAUCGAGUAUUUUAGGAACGACCAAGCAUUGGAAAAUAUCCUUGCUGUGUUGAACAACUCUGAUGAAGUUGAGCUGAAGAAGCGUGUGCUAUGUCUACUCAUCGAACUCAUGAACGACGAUCAAGUUCUUGCCAUUCUUAAAGAUCUCAAUGUUCUGGAGGUUUUAGCCAACCAGCUUGAACAGAUCCGGUUGAUCAACAUUCAUUGUGAAGAUGACGAACCUAGUGAAGAGACUAGUAAUAUGAAAGUGGGUUUUUGGGAUGCUUUUAGGGUCCUUUCUCAUAUCACUCAUGACCUCCUACCAGAAUUCAGACGCUUACAUAUUAUCGGCACCCUUCUUGACGAACUUGAGCUGUCAAAAAGAGUCUUCCCACAGAUGACUUUGUUGGAGAUUUUGACAAAUCUUUGUAUGGAUGACCAAAAUGCCGUCAUGAUUAGAGAAUGAGGAGUCCAUAUUAUUGGAAGAAAGCUUCUAUACGCUUCAGAAUGUAUCGAUGAGGAUGACCCAAUAUUCGAAGGCCUAAGGCACAGAAUGGGGAGCAGCUCUGAGCUGAAGAUCAGCAUGAAGCAGAUAGUUGAUGAAAUCCAAAGGCAUUCUUUGCUCCUUCUCAGGUUCCUCUACAGUGUACAGAAGAAUAGGAAAGUGUUUCGAUUAGUGUUCCCUCCGGAAGUCUUUGGACCCUUUAUUGACAUUGGUAAUUAUGAAAGAGACCUUGAGAAAUACAAACUUGUUAAGAAGAUCAAUAGGCUCUCUGAGACCAGCAAGUCUACAAUCAUGGCAAAUUUUGAAAAAAUACGUGAUAUUUCUAGUGGAAUUAUUGAGAACCAAAAGUCAGUCAAUGGGUACAAUAUCAUUGAUAUUAUCGGCAAAGGCGCUUUUGGAAUUGUCUAUGAAGUUGAGAAAGAAGGCUUCCGCUAUGCCAUGAAGAAGAUAGAUAUCUCCCAAUACGACCAUACAUUCGAGCAACUCAAGAGUGAGGAGCUUGAGGAGGAUAAGAGGGACCUUGAUGCUCAAGUCUCUGAGAAGAUCUGUAAAGAGAUUUCUAUUCUUAAGGGUGUCGACCACCCGAACAUAAUCAAAUUUUACACCUCCUUUGUAGAAGCUGAUGGGGUCUACAUUAUCAUGGAGCUUCAUGAAGGCAUGUCUCUAGCAGACUAUAUCCAUUCCUUGUCUGAGAAGAAGCAGAAGGUGAAAGAAGAGGUAGCCUGGAACAUAAUGUUCCAGCUCUGAUCGGCAUUGAGGUAUCUUCACUAUGAUAUGAAGAUCCUCCAUAGAGAUUUUGCUCCAUCAAAUAUCCUCCUUGAUGAGAAUUUUACUGUCAAACUGAUUGACUUUGGUCUGGCAACCAGAUGGGGUACUCAAUCAGCUAGUGGUCACAAAUCAUUUGUUGGUACAAUUCUCUACUCCUGUCCAGAGAUGGUUCAGAACAAAAAGUGUACUGUCAAGGCAGACGUUUGGUCCCUCGGUGCAAUUAUGUAUGAACUCUUAACUCUAAAGCAGCCCUUUAAAGGAGACAAUCCCUUACUAAUUGCCAACAAAAUCGUGAACUGUGAAUACCAACCUGUAGAAGAGGGAGAGUACUCAAGUGAAUUGAUAGACUCUAUUAAAAGAUGAAUGACUGUUGAUCCAAAGCAUAGGCCAAAUGUAUCUGAACUCUCCAUUUUGUAUCCAAAUAUGGUCUUAAAACAGAUGGAUUAUAUGAGGCUCAAGGAGAUUUCUUUGCUGAACAAAUUGAAAGCAAUGGAACAUCAUAGAGAAACCAUUCCGAAGUUGUCGCAUACCCAUGCGAUGGAUUUGAAUUAUACCAGUAAAUACUCAACAACAUCUCCUAUCAAUAGAGGUGGCAACGGAAUUGCUAAAACUGGAGGAUUUGAUAUUCACCAACGGGAUGAAUUCACUGCAAAGAAAAAUAAAUAA